AUGUCGACGUCUCAACUGUUUUUCGCCUUCUGCAGCUUCGCCGUCGUCUUCUCUCAACACGGUCAGCUUCCGAACGUUGCGCUUGAGCUCACUCAAGAAAAUUUCAUCAUUUUUUAUAGAGGGGGUAAAUUUGUGGAGUUCAAAAUGUUUCUUUUGAAACUUUUCUAGUUUGGGUCUGUUUUUUUAUAAAUCGAGCAGCGAACAUUAAAAAAGACUCACAGAAUGGCGAUUUCAAAAAUUUCUCUGAAUAUCUGAGGGGGUUCAAAUUUUUUUGAGCUGUGCUAUUUUAGAAUCUAUCUUGAUUCUAUGUUUUGUUUCCUGGUAGCUCUUUUGGAAAUAGCAAGUCAUUGUAUGGAUAGACUCAUCUCUCGCUUUUUCUCUCCCAAUUCGUGACAGACCUGGUUUCUCGAAGUUGUUUGAAUUUUUUUUUGAUAAGUAUUAAGUGAAAAUGUUUUCCAAGUAUAAUGACCGAAUAGCUCACAGCAGUGUAAAUGAAAAUAACAGGUCUGAAGUGAUAAAUGGAUGGGAGAAUUUCCGAGAAUGGGGGCUUAUUUAUUGGACGAAUUUCGAGUCUGGACAAUUUAAACGGAGAAGGCUUCCGCUCAGAGGCAGAACACGUGUCGACGGAAGCCGCGGCAGGUUAACCGCAGGUAAUUUGCCCGACACCUCCAUUUGUCCGUCUGCUCCAGGUAAUUGAGGACAACCGUCGCUCCUACUAUAUUUCAUGUCGUUUUUCGAUGACGACCGAUGAAUAAACCUCGAACUUAAGGAGGGAGAAAGAGAAAAUAAAGAUGAUUGAAUGAAUAAAGUGGGAAGCUACUUCUUGUAACACUGUUUUUAAAUUCGUCUUUUUUCGUCAAGGUAGACUCAGGUGUGCUAGGUGGAAAUCAAAAUGUUCAAGCAAAUGUACAGAAAAUUUCAAAAGGCCAUAUGAAAGGGAUCAUGUCAGACAACUAAACGAUUUUUAAUCGGUUCAAAAUUUGAUCAAUCGAUCAGCAGAACAAAAGAAGAAACCGACUUUUCAGAGAACAGUGUUCCAAACGCUCCGCAGAAUGUACAAGUGAAGACAGGCGCGACGUCGGCGACGCUGUGGUGGGAAGCGCCGCCGGAUCCGUCGAUCCUCAUCCGUGGCUAUGCCGUCGAGUUCGGCGAGGGCAGCAUAUCUCAGCGGAUUCUCAUCGAAGGCUCUGCCGCCACUUCCUUCACCAUCAACCGCCUGAGUCAGUCUUCUGAACUUUCGAUAUAUUAUAAUUAUCUUUAUUUUCAGUACAAACCAAAUAAUUAGGAUACAGUUAGGGAAACCAAAAUGAGAUUGGACAGACAAAAAGCGAAAAAAAGUUCGUAUGGAUAGGGACCGCCAAGUCCGCCCACUUGCGGGUUGGCUUUUUUUGCUCCGUUUUUGGUUUUCUUUUUUUGCUGUUCCAAUUCGAAAAAUGAGGCUUUGCUGUAUAAAAAUAGAAAAACUGUAGCUAUAUGUAUAGAAUUAAAAAUCCUGUUUUCUGGAAAAAAUUUAAAAAGAGUAUGCACUUCUACGAGGGGGUGAACGCACAGCGAACAACUUUGCGUGUUGCAACGCUUUUUCGAAACUUUUUCAAAUUUAAAAUUGUUAAAAAAAUUUUUUUUACACUUCGCCUUUUAUAUUUUCACAAUUCCAUUCGUUUUGAUCAGUUUUAUUUCAAGAUGGAAAUAUAUUAAUUAAAUAAAAAAACGAUUUUUUUCUCUUGAAAAAGAACAGUGGCGUGUAUGCGCGCGUUGCUUUUUAGCUCCGCCCAUGUAAUUAUGCCUUAACAAUUUUUUUAAUGAAAAAAAGAGGUCUCAAAAUUGCUCUUUUAUCAUUAUUUUUCAUUAAGUUCAUAUUUUUUUUUUGAAGAGCCCAAUACCAAUUAUGUUUUCGCCGUGUCUGCCUACAACGAAGCGGAUGGCGAGGACGGCAUCAAAGUUAUGCUGGCCGCGAAAACUCUUUCUGGUUCCGGUGAGUCUUGACCUUUUCGUGCUAUUUCUCUGAUAACACUUAGAGGGAAUUGUGCGAAGAACUAUUAAAAAAAAGCGAAGAUCCUAAUCAUCUUUUAAUUAUUUCACGGCUGGCUUGAGCCAUCGGAAAAAUUUUUCCAGCCGUGAAUCAGCUAUAGACCUAGGCACAUCAUUUUUUUUAAUAGCAUCCAAUCUUCAGAAUUAUGCUUUUCCGUAAAACCUAUCCGUACCCAAAUUAAAAAAAAAAGCCUGUUUGAACAUUUUUCGAUGGUAAAAGUAGUUUUAUUUGAUUUAGAAGACGUGCGAAUUACGGUCGCUGCGAAAUAUCGAAUAAUUAAUUUCAGGAACUUCCAAGGAGGCCCUGUGGCCGCCAAUCAACCUUCGCUCAAAUUUAGACGAUUCGGGAGUAGCCCACAUUUCAUGGCAAGACCCGAACCCUGAACAAGCCUUCGAAAAUUCCAUCGACUCUCUCCAGCGCCAAUAUGUCGUGCAGUCAGUUUUGGGUCAACUUUCCUCACAAAUUCUGUGGUGAUCGCAGGUUUGGAGUGCAUGAGAGCGAGUCUCAUCAGAGAGUUCGCUCCAACUCGAAAUCCGUCAAGCUGACUUCUCUGCAGCCUGGCCAUGAGUUCGAGGUGGCAGUGAAGGUGAUAGCGGGCGACGGUAACGAGAGCCCUUGGAGUAUUCGCGAUCUUUUUUUCGUUCCUCAAGGUUUUGUCUUGGAUUCUUGGCUCUACUUUUUUGUAUUGACGAAAAAUUAUCCGAUAGGUUGGCGAUAGCCACUAAUUAAAACGUCGUGAUGCGGCAUUUUGAAGUUACUGCUAUGAAACGGUUUUGCGUCAAUUAGGAUAGGGUCCGCAAGCCAUUUCUUCAAAACGAUCCAAAAAAUAUGUUUUUUACACUGUUCGAUAGAGGAGACUGUCCAUUUUCAUAAUCCGUUCAGUUUUAGAAAAAAGCUCCACUAAGAAAAAAGUUAUGGCCAAAAAACGAGCGCUCGCGGCGUACAACUGGAGGCAAAUUUGGUUUGGAAAAAAGAAAAAAUGAAAAUAAAUGUUAUUUCAAAAUAAAACAGGAAAAAGUGCAAUUUGACUUCGAAAAACGGCUCCUGCAACAUUUAAAAGGGCGCAUCGGUGUGUUUGACGCAAACACUGCUACGGACACUUGCACGAAAUCUUCCGAAAUUUCAAAAAAAAUUGCCAUUUUUUAGAGGUUUUCAAAGGCGUUAUUUUUUUCGCGUCGUUUGAUUUUUUUCAUAAUUUUUCGAUUGAUAGAGUUUUGAACGCUUAAUAACAUAAUCAAAAAAAUAGACGCGAUCCUAUUCUCUCAUGCGUCAACGAGGCAGAGGAAAAAAGGAGGUUUCGGUAAAACUCAAAUAUAAUUUGAUUCGCUGUCCCAAUAAUUAUUUUCAUUUUGAAUUUUUGUUUGUGAGCACAUUGUGAGUUUUUAAAACAAAUAAAAAGUAUACCAUGUCGCUGAAAUUUUUUCCCAUUUCAGCUUCAAAGUUUGGUGUCACUUUACAAGCUUCGAUUUUUCGCGUCGUUAGAUUUUUUUAAAAAUUUUUUUAUUCAAAAAAAUAAAGAAAGUGUUAAUGUAUAACAUACUUAAAAUUUAGAAGCGUUCCUCACUUGGUUUUCUGAAACGCGACGAUUUUUGUGAAACUUGUCAGUUUUUUUUCGUGUUAAAUCUUACUUUUUUUGCUUAUUUUUUUGAAAAAAAUACAUAGUUUAAAAAUUUUUUUCAGUCUUGUAGAGCGUUGUCGAUUACAUAGAUUAAGAGAAACAGUUUAUUUUUAAAGUGGAACUUUAGCUAGUAUAAACGCCUCAAAACCGUUUCUGCAACAAAAAAAUCGUCAUUUUGGUGGCGUGAAGGGGCGGGGCUUUGCGCCCCCUAAAUUAGGAAAUUUAUAAAUUUGACCAACGUUUUUCUGUUGUUCAUUUGAAAUUAAGACUGAAUUUGGAUUGGCAAGGGAAAAACGCUACGUUCAUCAUUAUUACGGUUACUGAUCAAAAAAAACGCCUGUGAAUCGAACUACAUUUAAAAAAAAUUUUUCUCUUCAUAGAAUGAUCAUAAAAGCGUGAAACUCAAAAGAAAGAAAAGAGUCUGUUUUUUUUUAUAAAAUUGUUGAGCAAGAAGCUUGCGUCUAUUUUUUGAUAAGACUUCUGAUGCAGGCAAAUCCUCGGAACGCUUCGACUGGACUUGCUCCCUGAACGACACGGAGAUGUGCGGCGUGACGGCUUCUUCCCACUGGCAGCUGUGUCCGGCUAAAGGCCACCACAUGAGUUGGGCGGCACGUCUUUACUCUUCUACCACUGCUUCAGGAGAGCCCGGGGUAUGCACGAUGGGUCGUCACAAGGCAGGCGAACAGCAGCGGGCGACUCUCGCGACUCCGCCACUGGCGAUGCUGCGAAGCUUCUCGCUGUGUCUGUCGCUGCGACUCGCCGUCCUGCACGAGAGCCGAGGUCAGUGUCGCGUCUCGGACCUGCCUCCAAUGAUCGCCAGGAAUGCUACGCGUCGAGGUCAGCGAGGACGGCAACGACCUGAGAACACUCAUCUGGCAGACGCACGUCGAGAAGACCAAGCCUCGCGUCGUAUCCCAUCUCCGGCUCCCUCUCCAAGCUCAACCCAAGCCUUUCAAGGUACUUUCAGGAUGCGACUACUGAAGUUCCACAAUCUUUCAAAUAUAGAGUGGAACAUAAAUUUUCACAUUGUAAAAAAGUCAUGAUUCAUCACUGAUUUAGGUUGAUUUUUCUAAAGGUUCAGUAUUAUCAAGGCAUAUGGUCCGUGAAAAAAAAAUGAGCGUUAAAAUUACUGUUUUGCAGAGCUUCUCACAACGUUAAAAUACUUGUGCUUUAAAAUUUACAAAAACUUUUGGAAAAAUUGCAGUUUUUCAUUGCUGUACUUAUACAUCACUAUCAGGGAUGGGGCUUCAAUAGGAUUUUUGUUUACUCAUGUUAUUUGGGGCGGAAAAAAAAAUUUUCGUGGUGUAUUUUUUAAAAAUACUAUCUUAAUCGGAAUAGUUUAUAACGAUAAACGUAGUGUAAUCAAAAAAAAAAAUGUGAUAGAAAUAGUUGAAGAUUAAAGUCCGUUUCAUUAACUAAUUCCCUUUAAAAUAUAAAUAUUUCGUGAAAAAGUUUUUUGGACAGUCAUGAUUGUUAAAAAUCGUUUUUCUUGAACCUUGUUGAUUACAAAAGUUAAGUUAUCCGAAGAUCUUAAGAGUGAUUGAGAAAAAUAAAAAUAAAAUACGAAUGUUGAUUAAAAACUGAAGAGAAAACAGAUUUUGAGGUUUUUCAAGAUAAUCCAGCCUUUAAAGUCAAUAUUCUGUCUCUUCUUAUCCUCAACCGAUGUUUUUUGAGGUGUGGAUUGUCCUGACUUGGCCGGAGGAAAUGCCGCGGAUCAUCAUCCAUGAGAUGGAAAUCUCAAGCGGCGCGUGUCCUUCUCGUUCUGUAGGUGAGAUUUCCCGAUCACAGAUGCUCUUCACACUGAACGUGGUUAGAUCUAUAAUGGCAAAAAAAAAAUAAAUCGGAAACCCCGAUAAAUGGAUGUGAUGAUAUCCUCAAAUUCUUGUUGUCGAAGCGCUUUAUGGAGCCAAAAGAGCAGCGAGAAGCUGAGAGCCGUGGAGAGGCAAGACCCGCCCCCCUGGCGGCCACGCAAGCCACGAAGCGGUCCUUUUUGACGGCGGUAAUCCUCUGAGCAACGACACUUCUCCAUGCUCCCGCCGCCAUGAAAACUUUCCUGCUUCUUAUUUUCCCAUCAGUCGGCUCUUUCUACCGACCCGAAUACAGAGCCACGGAUGCGCCAAGAGCACCUCUCAAUUCUUUAUUCGGCUUUCAAAUGCCUGGAGGUCGGUUUUUGACUGAAGCAAGGAAUUAUUUAACGCUUCAAAUUUGAAAGCCUCAUCGGGAAACGGUCUUUGUCUAUGUGAUUCUAAGUCAUCCGACUUUUUUUUUCCCUAAGAUUCAAAAAUGGAACGGAAUAACUUCAAGAAGGGUUUAUCUGACGUUUUCAAAUCAAUCAAAUUAUUCAAGCCUAUAAAAAAUUAUCACCAAGAUAAAUUUUCAAUUACAUAGAAAAAAAAAAUUUUCUUACUACUCAAACCUAAUUUCUCAAAUCAAGAAAUGACUGAACGUGGUCACACCCCAUCCCAGCUAUAUCUUGCUUUAGCUUCGGCCAAAACAUCAUUCUUUCAUCUUUUUCCAUCAAACAUCCUUCAUUGAUCAGUAUUCCCUUCUGUUCUAUGCCUUUUUCAAUCCUUGACAAUGGUUUUACUCUUUUUAAUCAAAUAAUCGCGCUAAACUCUAAUUUCCAAACAAUUAUUCGAGCAAUGGGGUUCGUUACAGUUAAUAGACUUGAACUCCUCGCGGUAGCUUCAUUCACAAACGGUACACAUUUGAUAUAAAGACUUUUAGUCAUUUUGAGAGGCUCAAAUACGUAAGCUGUCUGAUUAUAAGUUUCACACCAAUGAUUCAUUUCGAAGUCCUGUUAUCCUCUCCGGCGGGAAUUUCUUCUAAAUUUGCUAUAAACUUGUAUCGAGAAACUUACAGAAGAUUUUUUUUUAAAUGUAAUUUCCUAUGUCCACGGUGCAAGAAUCUUGUAAUAUAUGAGACAUUUCAAAGUUUUUGAUUUCUCGACAAAUUGUUCGUUUGAUAUCUGGAGGGGAACGCCUCGUGGCUCGAAACUCGCUCAGGAAUAUUCCAUCGACGGACACCUGCCUUGGGGCGGCGAUUCUCGAUUCUUUUAUUCUUGCUGUUUCUGGCGUGCUCGUCCCAUUCAUCCAAGUACAUGCUUGCCUGCUGGAACAAAUCCCAGCACGCCCACUUCAAGUCUUCUGCCAAUCUAUCGUGCACCGUCUUUCCAAUUUCAGAGAUAUCUUUUGUUGGAAAUUCGACACGAAUCAAAUCCUGAACAAGAUUUUCUUUUCUUUUUGUAGAAAACAAAAGCCGAAUUCUGAAACUUUUGGAGAAAACGAUGAACAACAGAACAGUUUCUACUACAAAAAAACGGCGCAGUUGUUUUGCACGGGUGGACAAAGGACGCACGGGUCAAGCUUUUUGAUCUCUUUUGUCUUUUCCGACGCGCGGCUUUCAGCAUAUGUUGUCUUCGAAUAUCGCGUACCACGUGAUCCAAAAGAUGGAAAUUACUCUUAUUGGCAGAUUUUUAGCUAUCUCAUUAAUGAGCUCAUAAUGGGAGUACCUGCUUUCCAAAUUUUUGCCCUAUCAUAGGCAAAGUACAAACGGCCUCGAAAAGGCCUUAAAAAGAAGAGUCUAAGCUCUUUUUUGAGUUCAAGCAAAAGUUUCACGGGUUUCCCUUUUCCACCUUUUUCCUUCUUAAAAGGUCCUCUUCAAAAAAAAGCAAGAAAAAAUUAUGCUUUCAGGGCCUUUUUUCCGAAAAUUCUUUUUGAGACUUUUUGGAAUUUUCCCGUUAUGGUGAUAACAUACAAAAAUGGCUUGAAAAGAUUUAGAAGUAGGAGGAAGACAUUCAAAAAGGUUUUCGCCUAGUUGUGUUUUUUGUGAUCCAGGGAAAAGCUGAAAAGAAUGAAAUUUUCGGAAAAUUACUUUGUACAAAUACGACUACGGGCAAAGUCCAAAUGAUCUCAAGGACUUUUGGAAGAGGCGCCUUUUUAAAAAGGACCUUUUAAGAAAGAAAAAAAAGAAGGAGGCGGAAAAAAAAAAAUGAAGAUUACGAGAAACUUUCGGCACCUUUUAGAAUCAGGAGCUUUGAAUCUUCUUUUCAAGGCCGUUUGGACGCCUGUUUUAGCUUCCAAGCACAGUUUAGCGCUUUUUCAAGGUUUCAGGGUUCCAAAGGUGAAAGCGGUCUGCUAUUUUUCUUCAGUAUCCCCUUUUUUUUGGGAAUCGAUUAACCUUUAAAUCUUCUCGAGUGUCAAGAAAGCGAAAUUUGUUUUUGAGAAGCCGUUUGUCGAGAAGCCGUCGGUUGUAGAAACCAACGAGGAAAACGGCUGAGACAUCCGAGGGCUCAGCGCGUUUGGCGCACAUUUAUCAAGAGUGUUCAUAGUGCAGCUUCUCGCCGUCUUUCUAUAUGAGGAAGCGACACGCCGGGUCACCAGUACUUUCGAAAAAGAAAGCUUGGAAUCUAAGAUUUGAAGAAAAUGCAUGGUUUUUCAUUAUUUUCUCUCACUAGAACUCUUUUUCUGCGUCUGUUAUCAUUUUUUCAUUUUAGUUUAAAAAUGUUUGAUGAGGUCGUACUUUAGGUAAAUAGCCGUUUUUCUUGAUGCUACAAUUUGAAUCUUUAAAAAAAGGAUUAGCUUUGACGGUCAAUUUUUGUUCUCGAAAAUUUUGCAAGCUCAUCAGUAUCCCUUCAUUAAAUUGAGAAAUUGGUUCAUGAUUUUUGUCACAUCUCUCAAAUUUAUUGAAAAUUUAGGGAGAUCUGUCAAAAUUAUUACAAAAAUGUGGACUGUUCAAUCAAUAACAAAAAAACGACGCUUCAUGGUUUUGAAAAGAAGAAGUAUGUUGGGCGGAAUGUCUAAAUUACAAGCUCUGAUUCGCCGUCGUAUAAUAGCAGAAAGAGUCGCUCAGACUAGCUCCAAUUGGCAUGUACGAUGUCGCUUGAUGGACAAACUUUAGGCUUGAGCGAUUUUCAGAAAGAAUGCUCCCUCGGGACGGCGUCUCGCGCGAUCAGAGGUGCUAAACCAAAAAGAAUGAUGCGAACAAAAAUUAGCUUCAAUGGCGUUGAGAUAAGAAUAUCUACAGGUUGCUGGAUGUAGAAAAGAGUUCUCAAGUUUUCAAGUUCUCACCGACCCGGGAGAACAGAAACAUUUCUCACUUUUGAAGUAGCUUUUAAUUGAAGUUUCGCACCGUCCUUCUCAAUCAACGGUACUAUAACUAUUUCAACUUGCCGCAGUCAGUGCUGACACAAUGACGGAUAGGCGGUAGAUGCUCAGCUAAGCUAGAAAGCGGCAGCAUGAUGGAGCAUCUGAUGCGCAGAUAAGCACGCCCUAGGGAAGCCUCUGCAGUUGUUUUUGUCCAUAAAGAGCUCCCAUCAGGAAAUUGUUCCCCGCGUUGCUUCCUUUCUUUCUUCCAUUGGAACAGCGUCCGGUUUAACGAUCAAAAAAUGAAUGAAAGAGAAGAAAUACAAGCUCUCUUACUAGGUUUCUUACGUGAAAAUAGUCCGAAAAUAACUGUAAAAUGUUAAAAUCAGUGAUGAAUCUACCGCGCACCCACUUGGACAUUGGUAACGUAAAACGGACAUGCUUCGGACGUUUCUAGGAAGUUCUAGGGAUCACUUAAGAGGGCUGGACGUUACUAAAGUUGUCAUUAAAAAUGCCCUGACACGUCAGAUUCGCGUCCGAGUCAGAGCGCUCAAUCCAGGAAAAAGAUAUUAUGCGGUAUGCGGUAGGGCGGAGUUGUAUUCAAAAUCGAGAAAAUUAUUCAAUUGAACUUUUGCAGAUACAGAGACAGAGGUUGAUCUCUUGGCGCCAGUAGCGAACUUGCUGAGCGACAACGACAAGGUCUACUCGGCCAAAGGACCUGAUGGAAUUCUGCCUGCGAUCGGGAUAAAGGUAUUGUUCAUGGGAACUUCCUAUCAAGACGUGCAAGUUUCAGUGGGACGCGGAAAUCGUGAGUGACUACCGGGUCUCUUUCCCGCAAGUCUUUUUCCGCGAGUUCUCAAUCCUGGCGACAGUUCAGCCACGAGGCAGAGAGUAGGCUUUUUGUUUCUAAUUUUAGAAGUUGUCUCGGGUCAAAGCUAACAAAAUUUUUUUAAGUAACCAGGGAAUGUUCUCCGGUCGCAGUUGGACUCCUAAUGAAAUCAAGUUAACUAGAUGUAUUUUUUCACGCUGAUCCCAAUCUGGCCUCAAAAAUUGCCGAGGAGAUCUGUGAAAAAAGUUAUGAAACUUCAAAAGUCUGAAAAUUUUAAUGUCCCCGAUGGUGCUCAUUUUUAGAGCAUAUAUAAAUCUCAUCCGUCUGAUAAUAUAAAACAAUUACUUUUAUCCAAAAAAAAAUUUUCAAGUCUGGAUAUGAUUUUUUAAAGCUCCGCCAAAAGUAAGAGAAUUGUGAGAGUAUUCAAUCAAACUGCGCUCUCUUCUGAGUGAUAUUUCGGACUCGGAAAAGUUGGAGAGAGUAAAUAAUAAAAAACUGAAUGAAAAUAAUAAUUGUGAUUAGCACGAUGUUCUGUCCGAAGAGCAACUUUUUCGUGUCGCAGAAGGUGUUGGAAUUCACAUGGUUCCUGAUUUUUGUUUCUAUAUAUUUUAUAACCAAAUAACUCAGGAUGCACAAACUUUAAAUCUUUCGAGGUAAAUCGUAGGGCACGUAACAAAAAGUGACAAUUUUGUCUAGAACCUGAUAUUUUCGGACGAACUGUUCAAAUGAGGAGAUUGAACUAAAUACUCCGUUGUUCAACUAGAAAUUUCAGCGGCGGCUACCUCUUCGCCAUUGUCGACACCUCGGAAACGAACAUCGACCUCGGCCUUCUCAUAGAACCAGCAGGUCCGACUUCCACUGUUCGCGAACGUCAAAAAGACACAUUCAAGGCACCGCGCAAACGAAUAUUUCUCUGGUUUGGCGGCAGCAGACGGCGUCGUUUCUCGUCGACGACUUCAGCAACUACUGGACGCAGUUCGCCCUCGAAGUGACGUCCAACGCAGUCACCCUUUACUUUCGCUGCAACAGAUUUGCCUCGAAAAAGGUUCAGUUUUUUUUGAAACUCAUGUCUGUUUGUUUCUGAAGAAGAAACAUUGAUAAGGCAUAGAUAUCCCUAAAAAUUGAUAUCAGGCAGAAGCAACAAGGAACAUCUGGCCCAUUUUUUCCUUGAAACCUUAAUGCGUUCAAGUUCAAAAUCGGAAAACGAACUGUUCACAUAUGGGCCGGUUUUAGUAGUUUUUACUAUUUUUAGUAUCAUGGUUUUACAAAACUUUGCCAUAGUUUUAAAAGUUUUUUUUUCUAGUACCAUUUUUAGCGAUCUUUUUGGGAAAAAAGGUUGCAACGAAACCGGCCGACGUCGGCUACUCCUGCCACCAAAAAAAGUUCUGGCGCGCUGCUGACAACAUUUUUGUCCUGAAAGAUUGAUUUCCUAACAUAUAGACUUUUUUUCGUCCUGUAAAAAAUCCAAACGAUAACAGUUCAUCAACAUUUCCAAAAACUUGAAAAAAACAAAGCUAUUUUGAGGGGGAGGAUGACUCAUCUGCAAUGUUAUAAAAAUAGAUUCUUUUUAGCAGAAAAGUUUUGCGAAAUUUCAAUAAGACAACAUUUUGAAAACAAGAGAUAUUUUUUUCAGCUGGAAAAAUGGCCGGACUUGGUGAUUGGUGAUGCCGAAAAAGUGUAUCUGGGAAGUGCCGGAAAAAUAAUCAAGCGAUCUUUCGAGGUUUCAUACAUUUAUUUUGGUCUGGUGUGAGCACUUUGACGUCUUUUCCACGGUGCUACUGCUUCUUCGAGAGAUUGUUCAUGGGGAGGAAAGAAAGGAAAUCGACUGGAGCGGCUUUUUCAACAAAGCAAAGAUCUAGGAGAUCUGCCACGGAUUUUUGUUCCUGUACUUGUUCAGCGCAAAACAUCCAAGGGAAUUUCAACCUCGCCGAACCUUGCAGAGCCUGACAACGAAUUUCUCAUCAACCUUUCCGAAACAUGAUGGGAAUCGAAAGUAGCUGGUCAUAUACAACCUUUUACAACCCUGUGAACAUUCAAAAAGGACAUUUCUUCGCACGAAAUGGUGUGAGUACGUGCCGACUCUCACAAGCGAUUGCCAUGUUUUACGCCUGGUCAACGGCUCCGGAAUAUUCAGCUCCCUUCCACCCUCACCUGUUUUCGAAAAUUGUGAACACUUCUUUAAUUUCCAAAGAAACUCCUUUUCUUGGCUCAAAAAUUUUCGAUUUUAAUUGAGCCUUUUUGAAGUGAACCGGCGAGGUUUUGAAGUCAUUACUUAUUUUUCUAUUUGGAAAAUAAGUCAAUCUAGUUUGCAAAGCGAUGGACUGUAGGAGCCGAAAAAAAAUGACAAGGAGAAUAAGUCUUUCUGAUUGUGCUAAAAAAGCAAUAUAGGCUUAGAACAGUUUUGCAAAAAAAGAAAUAAAUGUAUUUAUUUUGUUUUCCGAAAAUGAGAACUUAUUAACUCUAAAGUGAUUUUUUUAGAUGGAAAACUAAUACUUCCCCUAUAAAUAAUUCUGUUAUGAAUAAGCGCUAGAUUUACUCAGGUAGGAGAAAGGUUAAAAGCUAAACAAAUCUUUUGCAGCAGUUUCAUGAUAGAAUUUGGUGUAGAGUAGCAUGUUAUGUUGAGGUGUCGUUAUUUGAGAUUCUGGAAAAAGUUUUUCAAAAAAAGCUUUUAGAUUUUUAAGUAAUGCUUAAUUGAAUUUUUUUGUAAAUGUUUCUUCUCUGGUAAACGACAAAACUUUAAACUUUAAAAAGCGCUGAAAAAGCCGAUAAGGGUCAAAAAUCGAGAACCGAUAAUCUCACACACUUAAUGGGCUGUAUUUACUUUUUUUUUUUCAUCCAUCCAUGCCUUUUUGGGGAUUUCAACAAAGUUUUUUUUUUGAGGAUUCCAAUAAAGUUCUUUAAAAAUUUAUUUUUCAUAAAGGCCGAUUCAAAGAUUUUCCAAAUAUGCUAGCUCCUCUUGUUUCGUUUAGUAGUAGGCGUUUAUUCAAAUAUAAGACGAUCUUGUUCUUGUUUUCAGAUUCCAUCUGUCUGUUGCAAGAAUGCACUUUUUGCGAUUGCACCAAUUUUGAUGCAACAUUUCUAGCAAAAAACACGGCGAAAUGGCAACCACUUUUGUGCGCUCCGUGGUUUUUUGGUCAUUUUUUUCGCCGUCAUCCGCACAGGAAACGAUGAGUCAAAAUUUUGCAAUGACCGACCGUCGUCUUCCAUUAAUAACUUUUGUACAGAUUCUUAGAAUGGUUCAAUUGGCCUCUGCCGAUAAUCUCCUCGAAAGCUUUUGUUUUAUAAAAGUCAACAUGUUACAAUAAUUUUAUGUGGCUCUCAAAAUGUUUUCUGACUCAUACAGGAUAGAAAUCAUAUUAGAAAGAGUAGAAGAAAAUAGAAGAAUUCCAACAUUAAAAAUUGUUUGAAACACUUUUUGACGGCCAUUAAUUUGCAACCGCAAGAAAGUUUAAAAAUCAAAAUCUAGUUUAAACUUUAACCGCGAGCUGGAACGCUGAAUUUUGGAAAGGUUUCAGUGUUGAAACCUAUUCGUAAUGUUCAGCUAUAUACUCUUUUCCAUAAAGCUCUUAGCAGAUAACUUUGAAAAUUCAAGUUUCACUUGCAUAAAAGCUGAAGAUCCACGAAUAAAAGUUUCUCAUUCAUCAUAGAUCGUGUUAUAUUUAUUAUUUUUUUAUUCAAGUUAUUUUUUUGGGCUGUGUAGAGACGAAUUAAACUAUCUUUUCCAACUUGCAAAGUACAUAGUGAAUGUCAAGAGUCUGUAGGCCAUUUCUCCUCUCUUUCUCAGCCGCAGACAGUCGGCGACGCUGGCCACGCCCCCACCUUCUGACGGUUUCUUAUUCAGAGCCGGCUGUAGGUUCCUCGGACCGCCGUUUAUUUAUUUCAUUCUCUCGCAUUUGAUUCCCCGCCAUAUGAUUUCUUGCUUUUCAUUCGGCUCUUAGUUUAUUUUUUGCCCUUUGCCGACUUUUUAAAAUUCAAUUCACUCUAGCAAAAUAUUUACAUGAACAAGUCAAAGAGACUCCGACUUACAACCAAGAUUGAUAACCUUAUCUUCGGUGGUUUAUUUAGAGAUUUUUUGAUUUGAUAAAAAUGAUGACCUUUUCAAACGAGAAAAAAAGGCAAGAAGUAAUAUUUGUUCGUGAAACAAGGACUAUAUACUAGAUAACUAUUUUUUUAAAAAGAACAGAACGGAUUUUUUUGCAAAAAAAUAUUUUUAAACGAGCUUCAUGAUGUGAGGAUUUGUCAGUCUCGCUUUUUCGCGUUGCGAAAAACCACGAAAAACCACGAACAAUUGAUGACUGGAUGAAACGGUGGGAUUGGCUGCCGAGUGCCCCGUCGUUAAUCAAACCUUUUUUCUCUUCGCAGGCGCUUUUCCCGAAAGAACACCGCGAGAAAGAAAUGAUUACAGCUUCCGAUGGACCCUUUUUGUUGCCAUUUGCUCAGCCCGGACCAUUUCAUCUUUUCAUCACUUUGCCCUUGAGCCUGAUGGCCACCAAGACAACCGCCUCCUUGGCCUUUUUUUCGAUUUGGUGAAUCUGGUUUUCAAAAAUCUUCCUUCCUGAUAGAAAAUUGGCUUUCAAUAUGAAAGUUCCUUUUUGUGCGUUUUGAAAGCUAAUACCAAGUCAAUUUACAUAAUUUCAGAUUUUUCUGAAAUUGACCUAAAACUAUCAAUUUUACCACUAUGUGAAUCCCGACUCAGCUUCAUCUAGUUUCCUAGAAAAAAUCUCUCAAAGUUUUUUUAUUGAUCCUAGAACUACCGGCUAAAGGAUCGUGGGAUCUUUUCAAGAAAACUCUGAAAAGUUUUGGUCAUUCGUUAUUUUUCUGUUUUUUUAAUAAACUCAAAGAGUACAUUUCUCAAAAUUUCAAAAAUACUUUUUUUCAAUCUGUUUAUUUCAUGAGAACUUGUCAUUUAUCCUCUGAUAGUGUAAACAGGAGUAUUUCGUUUGGAAAAUGCAUUGACGUCCUCGCAUUUUCUCUGAGUAACCUUUCAUCCAUCCAUCCAUCCAUAGAAUCUGUUUUCAGUGAAUCCCAAAAAUCUUGAACACAGGAGUCGCUUCAAAAUGAGAAAACGUGGACUGAUCUUGCUGAGUUUGUCUCUCUUUCUGCUGAGGAACGGGAUGGCCGCAGCUGACGACAAGCCUCUAGACGAACUUCUCACUUUUUCUUUUGAUAAGAAGAACUCGGCACCCGUGGAGGAACAUGCUUUCCAUGGAGACACACAACUGCCAGUCGAGUUUUCGGAAGAGGAAAACGUUGUGAAAAAUCUCCUGGAGGAGAAUGAGUCAACGGUCGACGGCGACGAAGACAUCAUUCCGACUGACUCGGCAGAGACGGCGACGUCGAUAGAAGGCGUCGAAGAGCCGAUGCCGACGGCGCAGGUCUACCAACUGCCCGUUGAGACGGAAGACAUUCAUGUGCGGCAGCAGCGAUCCUCCCAGGAAGAAGUCGAGACUUCCAAUUCCGGCCUCCCCAUCGAACCGAUCGUCGUCGAGGACUACAACUGGAGCAGUAGUGCCGAGGUGAAUAUUCUAUCCCCACUUUUUUUCGUUUACAGGGGCUCAUCCAAGAGCUAAAAAUCUUCGAUGAAGCUUCGCACGGAGCCCAACAGUGCGACGAGACCUGGGUAGGAAAAGUUUGUCUGUCAUCUCCUUUCUCCGGCUUAAGUCAUUAAUAUUUGCCGAAAUUUCAAAAAUAAUCACGUUCAUACAAAGAGUUUCUUUUAAAAUGUAGUGGCGCCGACGAAAUCUGGAAAAAGAAAAAGAAAGAGGCGAGAAACCGGUGAGUUUUUCCGUUGAGAAGUGAUUUCAUUUAGAAGAUAGACAAUGUUUGUAAUCGUUGCCUUUUCGUCGUUUGGCUUUUGUGUUUUCGAACUCAACGCUCAGAUUAUUCAACUUCAAAGUUUAAUUUCAAAAAUUUAUGAAAGGAUUUAUAUCGAAUCGAAUUUCACAGUCAAUGAUGUGUUUGUCCAGCUGUUGUAAUUGAGCUACUCAUUGAAGUUUGAAAGUAUUUUUUAGGUGGAGGGAUCAUCCGAGCCGGAUGGUGAAGCCGUCCGUCUCCAGGAACUCAAGGGUUCGUUCUUUAAGUAGCUCAAGUAGAGGAAAUUGAAUUUAUCAAAAUUCAAGGAUUACUCACAAUACAUUUUUCAAUCUUCAACUAGAAAAUUUGUAGGAUUCGAAAUAUUGCUUGAAAAGAUAUUGUAGUGUUUAUCCAUGAAUCUCCUAUUUUGUUGAAAGAAAACUCUGUUAGAGCCAAUGAGUGUCAGAUCCCAAGAAAAAAUCCAUAAAAUUACAUGUUACGUAGAGAUAAUUAUAUCGCGAUAAUCUGAGCUCUAAUAUCCAAAGAUCUGAUAUCGCUUUUUGAAGAAAAGAAAAGCAAACUCCCUUUUCUAUAAAAUAAAUCAUGAUAAUAUAAAUAGAGCUUGACCACAAACAUGCAGGAAAAGCGCCUUCAUUUCCGCCAACGCCCGUGCCGCCGCCGCCUUAUCCGACGCCGCAAAGAGCCCCCGCCGAAGCAGGUGGAUCUUAUUUUCUUUUUUUAUAUCAGUGCUAGUUUAUCAGCGAAAUCACAGUAAAUGCCUAUAACCUUUUUCACGCUAAUCCAAGAAUAUUUUCGAUAAUUUUUUGCAAAAGAAACAGGGUUUUUUUCUGUGGCUUGAGUCAACGCGGUACCGCCCGAAAAAAAAAGCGCAGGCGGAGAACGUUUUAUUCGCCUAUAAAUAGAAGAGUUGCAACCAAAAACUUCGAUGAUUGUUGUUGAAUCAAUGUUAAAAGAAAGUUAGGGGAAGACUGGGCCUACAAACAAUGAAAGUUAACGAGAAGAUACGUGCUAGACGAUUUCACUCGAAAAAAUGUGCAACAUCGGAAUUAUCAAUCGGAUAUUUUUAACAGAUGUAAGUUUUCUCAAAGCGUUUCAGCGACCGACGAACGGCAAGGCGACGACAGCUUUGUGCUGGCUUUUCCUAUUUCCUCCAUAGGUUUCUUUUGAGUCGGUUGAAACUCCCUGAGUGCGCGUGUUCUCUAGAAAUCGUGAUGGUCGGAUUAAUUUUUGAUGAGUAUCAUAGCGGAAUGAAUGAUUUUUUGCUUAGCGAUCCAAUAAGCGAUUUGUUUGAUAGACAACUACUUGGAGUGUACAAAGCGGCGCGACUGUUUUCUGAAAUUCAAAAAGGCUCUCUCAUAUAGGUUUUAGGAACUGGAACAUUCCGAAAGGACUUUUACAAAAAAAAAAGGAAAAUUUAUAACGACUUUAAAAGUUCCGUCCAAACGAUACUUUUUUGCCAAGAAGUUUAAUCACGUAAAAAUUGAUUUUCGUUCGGAAUUAUAUACGUAUUGAGCCUAUAUUCCUGACGCCGAGCACUCCAAGUAGUUAUCGACAGAAUAAAAUAGUCUUUUUAAAAUCACAACUGAAAUUUGCAGACUUGCGCCUGAAUCAACAGGAACCGCUGGCCGACAGUGCAACGGUAAGCUGAGAAACUGGAAAAUAACAAUAAUGUCGGAGUUUCGCAGUGCCGCCAAAGCUGCCGAGAUGGUCAGCCUGGACCUGCAGGCCCGAUCGGAGCGCCUGGAGAAAGAGGCGACGUCGGCAUGCCAGGAGACCAAGGUCCUCCUGGACCUCCCGGAAUGCCAGGACUUCCUGGCCCGCCAGGCCCCGCCAUCAGAAGCGAGCUUCCUGGAGAGACUGUCCAAGGUCCCACUGGACCAGUCGGACUUCCUGGAGCUCCUGGACGCGACGGACCUCCUGGAAGAGACGGCGCUCCGGGAAGAGAUGGUCAUCCAGGACCCAUGGGUAACUUUUCGAUUCUAGAAGUUUUUUGAAACGUUUCGUCUAAACUUAUGUCGCAUUUGUAAUUACUAACAUCCAACUUAGUAGGUUGUAAUACGGACUUCGAAGUUUUGAGUUCUUUUAAUUUAUACCUUUUUCCCGUACCCUAGCCCAUUUUGAACUGUUUCAUGACAUGUUUUGAUAUUUUUCCAAUUAAUUAAAGUGGAUUUCUUGGAACUUACGAAAAUCAGCGUCAUUUUUCUCCCGAAUUUCCAGGGCCUCAGUGCUCUAUUGACGAUCUGAAUGACGUCACGCUGAGCGCCAUUGCGAACAAAGUCAGCGAUUUGCUAACGGAGGUGGGAAGUUUUUGAUGGGAGCUGGAUUUCACCGACUUUUAGCGGACCUCGAGUUGGCGUCCAGAAGUUUCAGAGUACAACGUAGCGGUUCACGGAAAAACGGUGAAAGGAGAGAAAGGCGAGAGAGGCGAGAGAGGUCCUCCCGGAACCGCUGCGCCAUCUCCCAGUGCCAACUCUCCUAGAACUGGCCUUGUCGGUCAGUUUCGGGUCCUUGAUUUUUUUUUCGAUAAAAUACAGGAAAAUCAAAGAAAUAUCAGGAAAUUAAGAAGUAAUUAAUAAGUAAAAAGAUUGAUCUUCUCGGGAACCAACAGGCUAUUUUAGAAGGCAAAAAAAAAACACUCUUUAUUUUGUAAGGAGUGAGAUAAAGCGGUUACUAAUACACAGAUCGUGUAAAACUAUGUAGAUCUUCUUCCGGCUGCAACACCUUGAAACAGUUUUACUGUGUUUUUUCUUCUUUUUUGGAAAGAUUUCAGAAAAAAAACUCGUGAGAACAAGAGCUCUUCAAAAAAUCAUUAAAACGGGGGUUCAAUCAGAAAGAAAGCCAUACUACGAAAAUUCGGUCAGGAGAAAAGCUUGGUAGAGUCGCGAAAAAUGACUAUAGAUUGUCGAUAUUCGGUAUAAUAAAACGGUAGAAUGGAAUUUCCUAUAUAAAAUGUCCACAACUUGAAAGAUUCUCUGAAAAUGUGAAGAAGAAAAGAAAAUUAGAGAACUGUUCAGCGGCGCCAACUUUUGCCACCGAACUGGAACUGCGCGCCUCGCAGCUGCCCGUCGGCUCGUUCGGCUUUGCGAUGGACACUCAGAAGCUCUACUUCCGAAUCAACAACGCCUGGUCGGAACUCUCAGUGAGAUUCCCUCACCUUCCUUGAUUAUUUUUUUUUUCUUAAGCUCACGAGAAUCCAUCCAGUCGUCAGCCAGCAACCCUCCGUGGUGAGCUUUUUUCCCUCAAUUUAUGUGGUUCGUUCUUCAUAAAAAGAGAAAUUGGGAGUAUAGUCAAUCCACCCCGGCUUGAAAGGCGAUAUUGGCGGAGAAGUGGGCCGGGACGAAAGUAGUCGCUGAAAUUGAACUCGUACCAAGAACCGCGUACGCACAGGCUACGCGCCUCGCCUUCUCCACCUCGGCUUUCAAGUCGGGAAAAAUUGACUAUAAUUUGAAAACCUGAAUCAUUAUUACUUUCAAAUACACCAUUGAGUUUCAAGAGGAGUGAAGGAAAUGGUAGGGAGAAAGUACUCCGUUAUCUUGUCCAGAAGCUUAAAGAACAUUAAUAGGAGAAAAUCAGUUCAUGCGAAAUUCGACAAAAUGGAUAUUUGUAUUCUCGCUUUUUCCUGACUGCGCUUUGUAUAUAACAACGUGACGCUAUCAGUUGUAAUUCAGCCGAUUGAACUAGACUCCAAGUACAGUCCCAACAGUCUCGAAUACUGGGUAAGUGAGCUCCACGGCCUUUCCUUUCCAAUUUCCGCGGCCGUUGUGUUGUUUUCGUUGUGAAGUUUAUCGUGUGGAAACUUCGAAAAUAUAAAAAAAUCAGGGGAAGUCCAAAUUUUGGCAAAUUAUGAGAAAAAAAUUUAAAUUAUAGCGUUUCAUUCACCAUAAUCCGCUUCUUUUUUUUUAUAAUAUUAAAAACUUCUAAAAAAUUACCAUCUUGUUGUUGUGCGUUUACUUGGUUUUUUUAAGUGCUUUAAAAUUGGAUUAAAAAUAAAAUUUUGAGCAGAAAGAUGAACAAAAAAAUCGCACAAAUGCAGCCGGCACAUCCGCUCCCAUGUAAAUCUCAGCUUAUUCACUUGUGUGCCUUUAAUCAAAGCAUACAUGGGAUAGAUAGGGCAAACUUCGUCUUCAAGAAAAAAAAAAUCUCGAAACCUAGGUAACUGGACUUGUAAUUUUGGCCAGUUCUUUCUCAAUUCUUCAAACAUUCUGAGUCUCUUUCCUCUUUCAAGCCAUGUCUAAUCCAUGUAUGCAUUCAAAUUUUAUGAAACCUUUUUUCGAGACAAAAGGCCUCCGUUCGGCGGUGCCGCCACCACUGUUGUGCUACUUUGUGUCGUGAAGCACUAUAGAAGCCUUCGAAUCUUCCAAAAAUUUUUUUAAUAUAUUAAAGUUAAUAGACUGGAAAAAAAGUAUUUCUGGAGCUUUUCAAGUCUAGGAGGCAAAGUUUUACUUUUGUGUGCCAUCGAGCAGAAACAAAAGUUUAAUUUUCUCACUCGGAACACUUUCAGACGCGUCAACAGGGUGAUCAGCCGGUCACCAGCAGGUAUGCUCCACGGCAGCCUGUAGGAGCUCUGCCUCCUAUCUCGAGUCACUGGGUUCCGAAGCAUCGCAUCGACCACGCUGAGAAGAAGGUCGGUUCGAGCUGUCUUUUACCAUUUUUGUGUACCGAAAAAGAAACCGCAAUCCUUUCAUGGGUAGUCAUCCGCCCUCCGAUUUCUGGUGGUUUAAGACUCUCCCAUCUACGGUUUCAGGUGCACUUGAUAGCGCUGAAUCUGCCACUCGCCGGAAACCUUGGCGGACUGACAGGCCCAGAUCGCCUGUGUUACCGCUCCGCACGAAUGGCCAACCUUCUCAACACUUUCCGCGCUGUUCUCUCGCACACGACUCAGGCAAGUUUCGCUUUUCAUUCUCCCCGUACUAAAAAGCUCACGAUGUCUUCCUUAAAAAGACAUUCAUUUAUAUUCAGGACAUGUUCCAUGUUGUGAAUAAGAUCGAUCACGACUCCCCAGUGGUGAACCUUCGAGGUGAGAAACUCUUCUCCAGUUGGAGAGCUUUUGUCAACGGAGCGCACAUGUCGCCGGCGGCUCUUUUGUCCUUCGAAGGCGAAGAUGUGCUACAGUCGCCUCGGUGGUACGCGUGUCUUCAUGAGUAGAGAGAGGUGUACCGCUUUUGCAGGCCAACCAAACGAGUCUGGAUGGGGUCGACGAUCGGAGGAGUUCGCGCCAACGCCUACUGUGACGAGUGGCGUAGUAGCAGCGGUCAGUCAAACACGUAGUAUUGAAAGCAUUCCUGCCAUAUUUAACGCUUAUUUUGCAAAAGAAGUCGUUUCCCACGAAAAAGAAAGCUUGCGCACAUAAACUUUAAAGGUCUUGGUUCACUUAAAUUUUGCAUCUCCGGAGGUCUUUUUUGUGACAUGAAGUUCUCACGAGACGAAUUGGAUAUGCUUCAAGACGUAGAGCAGUUCUAAUGUUUCAUAUAUCGGAAAUAUAAAAACACGGCUGAAAACAAAAAAAAACCACGACUCGAAACAGACGUGUAGAUGCCCUGAUAUGUGAAUUUUGUGAUUGAAUGGGUUUUAGCGUCGUUGGAAGCACACUCUGGUCAGAUCUUCUCUAACACAUCGAUUUUCGACGGCAGCGUCUCGAGCUCCUGUGAUCAGCGGCUCAUCGUCCUGUGCGUUGAGGUGAGUUUUCUCUAAGAAAGGGGUGGUUCCACAGAAUCGCCGCAGGAAAACUAGCCGAAAUUCCUGGCGGAAACUGGAGCAUUCCCAAAAAAAGAAGAGACUUAUUUGAAGAGAAGAACAGAAAAUGAAGAAAAAAAAUUGUUUAAAUAGUUGAACAUCUCUUUUGAGUGUGUUCAGCACGACUUCAGGACUAACUUUCGAAUUUACAGGUAGCCUCCAAGCAUACGGAGGAGAGAGUGCUGAAGCUGCGGAGAGCCCCAGAAAGGUUGCCGUCGUCAAUAUUUUCCUUCUAACCUUUUUUUGCAGGUUGUGGUAA